AUGUGGGUGCUGGCCCUAGGUGGGGUUUUCUUGGCUGUGGCCAAGGCUUGUGUCUUUUGUCGUCUCCCAGCGCAUGCCUUGCCAAGCCGUCUGGCUCAGCUCAAUAAGCAGACGGAGCCGCAGGAGAAGGAAUGCGCCUCCUCUAGCUCAUUCUUGUCCAUCUCCACAGAUGAGGUGUCCAUGAACCAAAUCACAGAGAAAACUCACCGAGUCCUGAGGGUCAUAGAGAUAAAAAGGUCCAUCUCCUUGCUUCCAUUAUAUUGGCAAUGGCUUCGGAAGACCAAGAUCCCCCAGUACACCAGGGAAGCUCUCUGUGCUCCUGUAUGCCCGUUGUUCCUAUUGUCUCCUGCAGGGGGCAGCACCAUCCUGUACAACUGCUCCACCUGCGAGGGCAAGGAGGAGUCUUGUUGGCCCCAAAAGCGCUGCUUCCCAGGAAGUCACGAUCUGUGGGACGCUAGGAUUCUACUUCUAUGUAUCUUCGGAAUUGUCCUGCUUUUGGGUGCUCUGAGCCUCCAAGUGGAGUACCUGAAGCUGCAAGCAAAAGACUCGUGAAGAUGUAGGCAUCUUUCCCAGCCCCAGCUCUAAGAAAUUUGUGCCCAUAAUUUCCACAUCCCUUAGGUUGGGAACUAGCCAGCUUUUAGACCCAGCCCCAAAGCCUCAGUCUUCCAGAUCCUAAACCUCAGACUUCUGCUAUCAAUAUCCGUGUCAGAUGGCCUCCAGGCACCCAAGCACCCACAGCUGGAAAGCUCCGCCCCUUCUGUGUUCCACCAAUCAGACAGAGCAGUGGAUGAUGCCAGGAAAUUAUCUACAGAAGGAAAGAAUCCCUUACCACCACCGCUCCCACAUCCCCUCUGUCCAUUCCCGGAAAGCGGGGGACUGUUGGCCUGUAGACGUUGCUCUAGGCCCUCCAAUGAUUGAUCAGGAAUCCGGGAAUGAGGGUUCUGGAAAACUCUCUCCCUCUGGGGUGAGACCACAUCAGUCAACCCGCUGGCAUACAGUCCUUCCAUUGUACUAUAUUGUGCAGCCUGGGCCUCCCCCCCCCCCCCCCGCCUGGCCCAUGUAAAUUUGCUGUGUGAUGCCUUCCAUCCCUGCCUGGCUCUGUCUACAACUUGGGCAGCCAGAUGGGAUGGGGAUUCUUAGGAAUUCUAGCUAGGGGUGCUCCCCCUCAAUAGAUGUUUAGCAAUGUCUGGA